AAAGUUAUAAUGGUCUACGAGAAAGAAACAGCUGAGAAUGUGAUAUAUGAGACGGCCGAUAACCCCUCGGGGAGAAGAUGCCUUAAAGAAAAACAAGAAGUAUAUGACCACAAACUGUGUGUACUUACAGAUGAGGGACUACAUACGGAAGAGUUGAUAACGCUAUUCAUGAUGCUACUGGAUGGAUGCAAAGAGCAAUAG